AGCUUUUUUUUUUCUUUUCUUCUUGAAUGACGUUUUUCUUUGCUUGCGUUGCGCCUUCUUAUUUGUUUGUUGUGAUGAGAUGAUGAUGAUUUUGUGGUUAUCUCAAUAGGCUUCGUUAAUAUUUGAUAAUAUCAGCCACAUACAAAUUGUAGUUCUUGGCGUACUUGUGUGCUUUUUUGAACUAACAGCUAAUAAAGAUCUGAAGCUUGUAGUGACUUUUCGAAGACACUGUUCAAGAAAAUAAGGAACUAAAAUGCCUUACGCCAACCAACCAUCAGUGCAUAUUACCGAAUUAACUGAUGAUAACGUGAAAUUCGUAGUUGAAGAUACAGAAUUAAGUGUCGCCAAUAGUAUGCGCCGUGUGUUUAUCGCUGAGACACCAACUAUGGCUAUUGACUGGGUGCAACUUGAAGCAAAUUCCACCGUGCUGAGUGAUGAAUUUUUAGCACAUCGAAUAGGUCUCAUACCGCUCAUAUCGGAUGAUGUUGUCGACAAAAUAAGGUAUUCGAGAGAUUGUAUGUGUGCAGAUUUUUGCUCAGACUGUAGUGUUGAAUUUACAUUGGACGUGAAAUGUACUGGUGAACAAACCAGGCAUGUUACUACAGCAGAUUUAAAAUCUAGUGACCCAAGAGUAGUCCCUGUCACUUCGAGACACAGAGAUGAAGAUCAGGCUGAUUACGGGGAAGCGGACGAAAUUCUUAUUAUCAAAUUACGUAAAGGACAAGAGUUAAAAUUACGAGCAUAUGCUAAGAAAGGGUUUGGCAAAGAGCAUGCAAAGUGGAAUCCGACAGCUGGUGUAUCGUUUGAGUAUGAUCCUGAUAAUUCUAUGAGACACACCUUGUAUCCUAAACCUGAUGAGUGGCCUAAGAGUGAGCAUACAGAACUUGAUGACGACCAGUAUGAAGCCACAUUUAACUGGGAAGCAAAACCUAAUAAAUUUUUCUACAAUGUGGAGUCAGCCGGAGCCUUGAAACCAGAGAACAUAGUGCUUAUGGGGAUAGUGGUCUUGAAAAACAAACUCUUGAAUCUGCAAGUGCAGUUAGCACAAGAAGCGCAGAAUGAUGCAUUAGCAAUAAAUUGAUUUUGUACCUUGUAAACAAAUAAAUUCUAAAUACAAAUAAUAA